AGAGUGCCCACCCCUGGCUGCCCGGGAGCCUGGCCUGUUGACUGCCCUGCUCUAAGCCUCAGUUUGUCCCUCAGGUAAUAGCAGACACUGAGCUCUGGUUCUGGAAGGGUGAUGAGCCAAUGAAAAUCCACAUAACGGGAAGACCAUUUGCGUAGAUGAAGCAACCGACAAAGCCCUGGAUAACCAGCCAAGGAAACUCCAAUAUGCAAAUGAAUGGAUUGUGGCUUUGGUCCUGGUUGGCCGAGGGGCCCCGAUGUCACAAUGCAUGGGGUUUCUUCACUCCAGUGAUUGUGUCUCUAGCCAAAACAAAGAAAAUAAAAAUAAAAAUAAUAAGAGAAAAAUUCACUGACCGGACGGGUCUCUUAGCUCCCUCUCUUUGUCCAAAGGGGAAGAGAGACAUGGAACCACUCUACCGGGCUGGGUCCAUCCUCAUGAAAGUGAACACCUUGCAGGGGAAGAAGAUGGUGGAGAACGGCCUGCAGUCUGGAGACUUCUCCCUCCCUCAGUCCUGGCCUUCCUGCCUCCUGCCGCCCGCUGACCUGGACAUCCUGCAGCAGAAGGUGGCCGCGGUGCAGCGGGAGCUGGAGGACUUUAAGAAGGAGGCGCUGAAGGCCAUCCAUUACCUGGAGGACGCCUUCUGCGAGAUGAACGCGGCGCUGGCGCAGCAGGAGGAACAGGCUGCGCGCGUGAAGCAGCGGCUCCGGGAGGAGGAGGACCGGGGCGUCGUGCGGAACAAGGUCCUCACCUUCCUGCUGCCCCGCGAGAAGCAGCUCCGGGAGCACUGCAGGCGGCUGGAGCGCAUGCUGCUGGGCGCAGGCCGGGUCGUGCAGGGCGUCCCCAAGAAGAUCCAGGCCGACUGAGGCCUCCUUGGGAGGGAGCCCAGCUUCCAGUGCAACGGCCCAAGUAGAAGAUUUUUUUUUUUUAAGUGGACGGACCAACCCUAAGUCCCUGUCCAUUUGCUCCCCUUUCCCCUUUUCCACUGCUUUUCUUCUUCCUCAAUAACACCUUGCUGAGAGGAGAAAAGACCCCAGUAUGUUCUUUGGGGGAAGCUCCAUGUGCCCAGCAGCAUCACAGGAGGAGGCGCCCCAUCUUUCAGACACCUGUAACUUUCACCGUUAACUGUUUUCCUGUUUGUAAUGGUAAUAUUGCUCAAAUGUAUAACAUGGCUUUUUUUAAUCUUCUUAAACUCAUGUGUUGAACAGA